AUGAGAUAUGGAGCAGCCCAAGUUUCACAGCUGCUCCGUCCAACCCAUGUUUGGGUGCCCUGUCCUCGAACAGCCCUGAAAGGCCCUGCGCUACACAUUUACUCUCCGCCUCUCGCGUCCGUCCAUCCUGCGCGCAUACCACAUCUAUGUGCGAGGUACAGUGCGAAGUCUCAUGACGAGACGAAUGGCCUGGUGACGCAGUCACCAGAAGCGCAGCCUGCAGCGAGGCCUACACUCCCAAACCGGCAAUGGUCGACACCUCUGGCAAAGACGAUCGCCCAAGCGAUUGAGGUUACUGGGCCGAUUUCCAUUGCUUCCUAUAUGCGCCAAUGCCUCACGAACCCCGAUGGAGGAUACUACACAAGCACACGACCGUCGGCAGAGGACGCAGACCAGUUCGGCAAGGCCGGCGACUUCAUCACUUCUCCCGAGAUUUCUCAGAUCUUCGGCGAACUGGUCGGAAUAUGGUUCAUGACGGAAUGGAUGGCACAAGGACGGCCCCGACAGGGCGUCCAGUUCAUCGAAAUGGGCCCUGGACGGGGGACACUGAUGAGCGACAUUCUGCGGACGAUCGGACAGUUCCAAACAUUCGCACAGGCAGUGCAGGCCGUCUGGCUGGUGGAGGCCGGAGAAGGGCUCCGGCUGAAACAGAAGGAUCUGCUCUGCGGCCCGGACGCGGAGAUGAAAGAGGUUCGAGACAGCACAGGCAAGAAUGUGUGGUGGGAGGCGAUCAGCAAACAAGGCAUCCCUGUGCGAUGGGUGGAAGAUAUUGCGCUGUUGCCGAAACCCGAGGAUGACGGCAUUGACAAGAUGCCGUUCAUCAUCGCGCACGAGUUCUUCGACGCACUCCCCAUCCAUGCCUUCGAGUCUGUGGCGCCCAGGCCGGAGCCGGACGAGACAACCCAGCAAGACCCGUCUGCUCCGGCCCUGACCGAAUCAGGCCAACCUGUUCCCAAACCGUCCAUGGCAAGCAAGCUUUCGCAAUGGCGCGAACUCCUUGUCGCUCCCACGACACCGAAAUUCUCGCUCCCGUUUCCCGCGGAGACCGAAAGACGAGACAGUCACAAAGAUCCCGAGCCGGAGUUCCAACUGGUCCUCGCAAAAGCAAGUACGCCCAGCUCGCUCGUCAUGCCUGAACGACCACGCUAUCGGGCCCUGAAGAACCAAGUAUCUUCCCGCGUCGAAAUUUCGCCAGAGAGUGCACGCUACGUACAGGAUUUUGCACGGCGAAUAGGCGGAGAUGCCGGCCCUGCUGGACGACCGAACACGACAGCGACGUCCUCCAGACCGAGCAGAAGCGAGGCCGGCCAGAAACAGAAACACAAACACAUCCCAGCCGGAGCAGCUCUCAUCAUCGACUACGGACCCCUAGACACCGUGCCGGUCAACUCGCUCCGCGCGAUCCGCAAACACAAAAUCAUCUCGCCCUUCGUGUAUGCCGGAGACGCGGAUAUCAGUGCCGACGUCGACUUCGACGCCCUGGCCGAUGCCGCUUUGGAAGCUAGUCCCGGCGUCGAAGUCCACGGGCCCGUCGAGCAAGGGAUGUGGUUGACCCAAUUGGGCAUCAAGGAGCGAGCGGAUCGGCUUAUGAGGGAACUCGAGAAGAAAAGCACCGCUACUUCUCAAAAGAGCCGAGGUGACGAAGGGAACGCAGUCCCCGAGACUGAGCAGCUGGAAAGGAAGAAACGUGAGUUCGAGAUGGGCUGGAGGCGGCUCGUCGAAGGCGGUCCGAAGGGAAUGGGAAAGGCGUAUAAAGUCAUGGCCAUCCUUCCUGAGAACCGAGGGCAGAGAAGACCUGUUGGGUUUGGAGGUGGGGUUGUUGCAUGA